UUAGCUGUCUUCAUCUACUAUGCUGUGCAACUAAAUAGACGAGCUGAAGCCGAACCACAGAAUGCGUUGACUUGGGCCUCCGGAGUUCCCUACUUCUCGCCUCUUUUCUUUGAUCCACGUAGACGUCGAGAGGUGUGGAGAUUCUUCACUUACUUUCUCAUCCAUCAGGGCAUAUGGCACGUGGUCUUCAACAGUUUUGUUACUCUCCUCCUGGGCAACUUGAUGGAAUGGGCCCAUGGAACGUGGCGAGUGGCAGUGCUCUACUUUCUGGGAGUGUUAGCCGGCUCCUUGGCAACCUCAGUGUGGGACCCUCAAACCAUCGGUGUUGGAGCCGGCGGUGGCACCUACGCCCUUCUCGGUGCCCACCUCGCGCUUUCGGUGGUCCAUUGGGAGGAGUUGAAGCAUGACUUUUUCGCCGUGGUUCGUGCAACCACUGCCGCGAAGCGGGCGAUAGCCAUUGGUGUCUCUGGAAUUUUGAGGAUCUGUCUGAUCCUCCUUCUCUGUGCAGUGGACUUUGGGAUUGCGUUGUAUGAGCGUUAUGGCCUAGCAGACAUUCCACUGCACGCCAGCUACUCACCCCUGCCCGCCGGUCUUAUGACAGGUGUGUUGGUGGGUGUGCCACUGCUGCGCUACCUUCGAGACCGGCCAUGGCAGCGUAUCGAAUUCUGGGCGUCUUUUGGUGUAUGCCUUGCUCUCUUUACCUUCAUCAUCUUUUGGAACAUCUUCUGGCCUGGAUACCCGACCCAGAACGUCUAG